GUCUCGUGUUCUACGGCCAGAGGGAGACGCAGUUACAGGGGAGAGGAAAACUGCCCAGCCAGGCUUACCCAUCAAGGAAGAAACCUAACGGGAGGAGACGGCGCACCCCAACGUUGCCGUCGAUUCCCUUAGCUCAAUGGAAUAUGCUACCCAACUUUGAGAGCUUCUCCCGAAUGACAGCGACGUUCUGAUUCUCCAAAAAUACAAAGAACAGGAAGAAUAUCCGAAAGCAUAAAUUCACCUUCGAAUAUUCUUCCGUCAAGAUCCCCGUUUCCUUCCCGUUACGUCUCCUCCGCAUUCUUUAUAAACCCCCGCCCCGCUCGACCUUCUAUCCUCUGACAAACCUUGUAAUUACCCCUGUAUCCUUCCCUCUCUCUCUCUCUCUCUCAUCCCACAAUGGCUCUCAAAACUGUUCAUGUUUCCGACGUCCCUCACCUCGACCAGGUCCCGGAAAAUGCCACGAUACCUCUCUAUUCAGAUAGGUUCUCCAAAGUUAAUGAAGGUCUCGCAACCACGUUUAAGUCGUCAAAGUUUCUUGUGAUCGGGCAUAGAGGGAAUGGAAUGAACAUGUUGCACUCGUCCGACCGGAGAAUGAAGGCAAUAAAAGAGAACUCAAUCCUGUCCUUUAAUACGGCCGGAAAGUUCUCCGUCGAUUUUGUCGAGUUCGACGUUCAGGUGACUAAAGAUGACUGUCCAAUUAUUUUCCACGAUAAUUUCAUCGUCACCGAAGAGAACGGGGUCAUAGCAGAGAAGAGAACUACAGAGCUUACUUUAGCUGAAUUCCUUCUCUAUGGGCCACAAAAAGAGCCUGGAAAUGUGGGAAAAGCUCUAUUUAGAAAAUCUGGUAAAGGGAGUGUUUUCAACUGGACAGUUGAGGACGACGACUGUCUCUGCACAUUGCAAGAGGCAUUCCAGAAGGUUGAUACCAAGUUGGGUUUUAAUAUCGAAUUGAAGUUCGAUGACGACGUUAUUUAUCAAGAGCAAGAACUCAUCCAUGCUCUUAAAGCAAUCUUGAGGGUGGUUUUUGAAUACGCCAAAGAUCGACCAAUCAUCUUCUCAACCUUCCAACCAGAUGCAGCACAGCUUAUCAGAAAGUUGCAGAGCACAUACCCUGUUUUUUUCCUUACAAAUGGAGGACACGAGAUAUACUCUGAUGUGAGAAGGAACUCCUUGGAUGAAGCCAUAAAGUUGUGCUUGGCAAGCGGCUUGCAAGGGAUUGUAUCCGAAGUCAAAGCUGUCUUUAGAAAUCCAGGAGCAAUAGCCAAGAUCAAAGAAUCCAAUCUUUCCCUCCUAACCUACGGCCAGUUGAACAAUGUGAGAGAGGCAGUUUACAUGCAACACGUUAUGGGAAUUGAUGGCGUUAUUGUGGAUCUUGUUCAAGAGAUAACAGUGGCGGUUGCCGGUUUCAUCAAGCCAGAAGCGGAGGGUGAAGAAGAGACCUCAACGGAAGGAGACGAACAGAUUCAGGGGAUGAUGACAAGGCCUAAAUUCUCCCAACGCGAGCUGUCAUUUCUACUGAAGCUCAUACCUGAGCUGAUACAACCUUGAGGCACUAAAUACAAUCAAAACGAAAGAGAAACCAAACCAAACACGCAAGAGCAACACUUAACAGUUUUGAGUUUUGAGUGCCUCCCACUCCCUGUUUCAACGUGGGUGGGUGGCAUCGUCCUUAUCCUUGACGGUAAUUGCUCUUUCAACUUUGUACUGAAAAUGUAUCUUGUCUUCACUUUUAUGGGGUCUCUUUUUAAAAUCACUAGGAAGAUAACCAUCAAGGUUUACAAGGUUAUUUUUUCGCUUUCUUCUACAUCUAUUUUUCUGGUUCUGAUGGAAAUCUCUAUAAGGCC